AUGGAUUCAAAAGACGCAAAGGUGGGCCAUCCACCCGCAGUGGAGAAGGAUGUUGUCCUCGGGGAGACUCGCGAUAUCGGAGCGGAUCUCUAUGUCGAAGCCGAACAGUUAUCCACUGAGGAACUGGCGAGCGAGGGCGCCAAGGUACUUCGGAUAUUGGAUUGGAGAAUCUUGCCAAUUCUCUAUGUGACCUAUGUGAUUCAAUAUCUUGACAAGCUGUCGCUCAACUAUGCUUCUGCUUACUCGCUGAUCCCUGAUCUCGGGCUCGAGGGCCAGCGAUACUCUUGGGUAGCGGCCAUCUUUAAUUUUGGUUACCUCUUUUGGGCCCUCCCAGCCAAUCUCUUGAUCCAGCGUCUGCCUGUAGCCAAGUACAUGGGCGGAAUGCUUCUGAUAUGGAGCGUGAUUGUCAUUGCUCAUAUUGGAGCUAAGAACUAUGCUGGGAUUUUGGUGCUCAGGUUCCUGCUUGGCAUGGCAGAGGCCGGGGUUAGUCCAUGCAUGAUGACCAUCACAUCCAUGUUCUACAAGCGAUCCGAGCAGCCGCUGCGCAUGGCCAUCUGGCUCAGUGCCAACGGCAUGGCGACGAUGAUUGGCGCACUCUUAGGUUUUGGUCUGGGGCACUCCCACAACACCGUUCUCCACAGCUGGCAGCUCAUUUUCCUAACGAUUGGACUACUCAACUUCGUUACUGGGAAUGUAUUCCUGGCGGUGAUGCCAGACUCGCCAAGUUCCGCGCGGUUUCUAUCCCACCGACAGCGAGUGGUCGCUGUGCAGCGUGUUGCAGAGAAUAUGAUCGGAGUGAAAACCCGCGAGAUAAAACCACGACAAGCAUUGGAAAACCUCCAUGAUGUCAAGGUUCUCAGUUGUGCAGGCAUUGGCAUUGCCUGCGGAGUGAUCAACGGCGGCGUCUCCAACUUUGCGUCCUCACUAAUCAAAGGAUACGGAUUCAACGGGCUAUAUGCAACCCUCCUGCAGCUGCCCACAGGUGCUUUCGAGGCCGCCGUAGUCCCUAUUUGCGGCCUUGUCGCCACAUAUGUCCCGAACUCCCGCUGUCUGGUCCUCGCCAUCGUGAGUCUUAUCCCAUUCGGUGGCCUUCUCGGCAUCCGCUUCACGAGCCUCGACCACCGCUGGACAUUAGUGGGAUGUACCUGGCUGCAGUAUAUAAUUGGGGCACCCGUCAUAAUCUCCUGGAAUCUACUGGCCACCAAUAUUGGGGGUCACACCAAACGGGCAGUCGCCAACGGUUUGUGGUUUUCUCUCUACGCGGCCGGGAACGUCGCCGGUGCGAAUAUAUUCUUUGCGCGCGAGGCGCCACGAUAUUAUUCCGCGCUGGCGGGGCUGCUGGCUUGCUAUGCCGGUAUUAUUGUCCUCUCUCUGUCCGCUUAUGCCGCGAUGUGGUGGGAGAAUGCGCGCAGGGAUGCUGUGGCGGGUGUUGCAACAGUCGAUGGAUCGCCCCAGCUUGCGCGUGAUGAGAUUGCUUCUCGGGCUAUUUUGGAUGGGUUUAAUGAUCUGACGGAUAUGGAGUCGAAGCAUUUCAGAUAUGCGCUUUGA